AUGAGACAAAAUAGCGAUGCCUCGGCGUUAGCUGAGCGGAUAGCGGCUUUCAAAAGCGAUCCGGAAAAACUACAACAGGCCACCGAAUUUGUGGAACAACUAAUAAAGCAAGCAGAGAAGGAUGCAGAAUUAAGACUAAAAGAGAAAGAGAAAAACAAAUUCGAUGCACAAGACCCAGGAUUAGGCAAUUUCAAACGUCGAUUGGGUCGGGCGCGCGGUUUUAUGUUACGAAUGUUCGACACGCUGUGCAACUGCACGCAGACCGCCGCCGCUGCCGCCGCCCGCACCACCGCCCGCAACAACCCCUUCGCUAAACGUUGA